AAAACUUCAACGGGGAGAUCUGUCGUUAUAGUUCUCUGCCACGAAGAACACAAUCUUUUCGUCUACUCUUCACUGAGCAUAAGCCCUAAAAUCCCCCUUCUUCCAAUCCACCAUCAUCCCCUUAAACCCUUGCUUGAACGCUUCUUUCUCCACAAUUCCUCAACUAUUUUUUGCAAAUAUUAUUUAUUGAUUGAUUGAAUUCUAGUAUUCACUUCCUGUUUGUGCUGUGUGAGAUCAUUAUUCACCAUGGAUAUCAAGCAAAAACAAGCAGAGCUAAUCGAUCACUUCGCUCAAGCGAGCCUCCGCCGGUAAAGGUUCAGCCCUAGGGUCCGUCAUCGCCGUAGCCACAUCGCAUCCUUCUCUCUUUGCUUUCUCCGAGAUUCCUGCCGUCUCAACCGUCGCUGAGCUUCCAGGAACGGAACAUUCUGUUUAUGUGGACAUGCUUCGUUUGUUUGCACAUGGCACGUGGAGCGAUUACAAGAAUAAUGCUGGACGUCUUCUUCAACUAGCUCCAGAUCAAGUCCUCAAGUUAAAGCAACUUACUGUACUUACACUUGCUGAGACAAACAAGGUGUGCUACCCUGAUUUUAUUCCUUUUUUACAAUCAUUUGCAUUUCCAUUUGGAAUUCUAUCGUCCUUUUUAGUUGCUUCAGAAGCCAUCAAGAGCUUUAUGAAUAUUGUCCAUGUGAUAUCUGUUAAGAAACUGUGGAGCUCAAGAUUAAAAAGCGAACUGAAACUGUAUCAAAGGAGCUUGAGAAGAAGGCUUCAGCCCUUCAGACCAUGGAAAGGAAAUUCUACCACUCAUACUCUAUGGUAGGUAUCAGUGUUCCUGAUACUGCACCUGAUAAUGGACAGGUUUUAGAGCCCAAGAACCUCUUGCAGAUAAGAAAUCAGAGCUUGCAGCCUGCCAAAGGUGGGUGGAAGACAAAAUGCUGAAGCGUUCCAAGGCAUUUGAGGUAAUGGGAGCAAUGACACUGAAUAAUCUCCAAACAGGCUUGCCAGGGGUUUUCUGAGCAUUAACCAGUUUCUCUGUCUUAUUUACUGAGGCACUUGACACAAUUUGCACCCGUUCCUAUGCUAUAAAAUAGAUGGAUAAUUCUUUAUUCUGGUUUUAUUUUUGAGGCACGUCAAAGAUUCAUCAGAGCUGGGAUUUUUUUGACUGUGAGCUCUUAUAGGUGCUGGAUUAUUGAUCUGAGAGCUAGGCUGUCUAUGCUGAAGUAUAUGAGACAAACUGCUAAUGUGUUUAAUUUAGGUGAGAUGCCUCCUUCAUGUGAAUAAUGAAAAUGAUGAUUCAGGAACAGCAGCUAACUUUGGUGCACUUUCAGCUCCUAUUUUGCUCCACCAAAAUCGUGUCUGUUCAUCUGACUGCUUCUCUUUUGUUUCGAGUUCUUGUUGGAAAAUUCAUUUCCAUGCCCUCUCUCCAUAGAAUCAAUCUUCAUUUAUUUU